AUGUAUCUCCACCAAUACGAUUACAUCUUCGCCAUCGGCACAUUGUUUGCUAUGCUGGAUGCAUACAACAAUGGUGCAAACGAUGUUGCCAACUCCUGGGCUACUAGUGUCUCUUCUCGCUCCAUCUCCUACCGCCAGGCCAUGGUUCUCGGUACAAUCUUCGAGUUCCUAGGUGCAGUCACAGUCGGUGCCCGUACUGCCGAUACUAUCAAGAACGGCAUCAUCCCCAACAGUGCCUUCAAAGACAAUGCCGGAGUCCAGAUGCUCGCCUUCACAUGUGCCCUCGCCGCUGCCUCAUCCUGGGUCAUGUGGUGCACCAAACACUCCGCUCACGUCUCCUCCACCUACUCCCUCAUCUCCGCUGUCGCUGGUGUCGGUGUUGCAACCGUCGGUGCAUCCCAGGUGCAAUGGGGUUGGAACGACGGAAAGGGUCUCGGUGCCAUCUUCGCAGGUCUCGGUAUGGCUCCAGUCAUUUCGGGAGCCUUUGGUGCUAUCAUCUUCAUGCUUAUCAAGGUCGUGGUGCACAUGCGGAGAAACCCAAUCCCAUGGGCCGUCUGGAGCGCUCCCUUCUUCUUCCUGGUGGCUGCUACCAUUUGCACACUCUCCAUUGUCUACAAGGGCUCGCCUAACCUUGGCCUGAGCAAAAAGCCCGCCUCGUACAUUGUCGCCGUCACCAUGGGUACCGGCGGUGGUGUCUGUUUGCUUUCCGCUCUCUUCUUCGUCCCUUGGUUGCACUCCCGCGUCAUCAAGAGAGAUCCCUCCAUCAGAUGGUACCACGUCGUCCUUGGUCCUCUCCUCUUCAGCCGGGCAGUCCCCACCGAAGGCGAAGUCGCCAAAGUUCCCAACUACGCCGUCAUGCAAGACGAGCCAGAGGAAGAGACCCACCUUCCCAUUGACGACAAGGAAGUCAAGACCGGAGUCACCUCCAUCCCUGGCUCCACCGACGGCCGGUCCGUCGAGAAGCUCGAAGCCAACCAGCUCUCCUACCGCGAGAUCAUGGCCCAGUCCGAAGCCCGCCACAACGCCAAGCUCCUCAACAGCCGCGGCCCCCUGGGCUGGGGCAUGCGUCUCCUCCGCGACAACCCCAUGGGCGCCGGUGAGAUUUAUGAAGUCCGCAACUUCAUGCGCAUGCUCAAGCGUAUCCCCGCCAUCAUCACCGUCGGACUCCUCUACGGCUUCCACUAUGACAUCCACACUGCCCAGAGCGGUAUCCACGGUACUCCUGAGGGCGAUCGUAUGAAGCGUGUCUACGCUGCCGCAGAGAAGUACCCCAAUGAAGUCGAGCACACCUACUCCUUCAUUCAGAUCAUCACUGCCUGCACUGCUUCUUUCGCCCACGGCGCCAAUGAUAUCGGUAACUCCGUCGGCCCCUGGGCUGCUAUCUACUCUGCCUGGUCGACUGGUACACCCGCUGCUUCCAAGUCUCCUGUCCCUGUGUGGCAGCUUGCCGUCUUGGCCCUUUGCAUUUCCAUCGGUCUCUGCACUUACGGAUACAACAUCAUGAAGGUCAUGGGUAACAAGAUUACCUACCACUCGCCUUCUCGUGGUUCCUCCAUGGAGAUGGGAGCUGCCAUCACCGUCCUGGUUUUCUCGCAGUACUCCCUGCCCGUGUCCACGUCGAUGUGUAUCACCGGUGCCACGGUCGGUGUUGGACUGUGCAACGGAACCCUCAAGGCUGUCAACUUCCAACGUGUUGGUCUCUUGUUGCUUGCUUGGAUCAUGACCAUUCCCAUUGCUGGCACCAUUGGUGGUUGUCUGAUGGGUCUGGUCCUUAACGCCCCUCAUUUUGCUGCAUAG